CUGUGCCACAGUGCGUAGUCUGGUAGGCCUAAUGUUUAAGUUUUAAUGAAAACAUUUUUGAAGAGACAGAUUCUCCUCACAAUGUGUCAUGGCGACUUCCCGAGACGUCAUUCAUUCUGAUCUAGUAGGACUUUGGCUGGCUUUGAGUAAGGUGAUUAAUAUAGAUUCUGUUAGAGGUUGAUUGGGAAGUAAAAUCAAAGAAAUCUUUCUACAAGCAUUGUCGCGUCAGUUAAUUCAAAAUAUAACAUUCUAAUAAUGUCAGCCUAGAUGCAGCCCUGUACUGUGCGCAUGGUAUUAUAUGGUAAGUAAAGGAUCAUUACAGACUCAUUGCUGAGAUGCAGUCUCUACAGGAGGAGUAAUGAUAUUUGUCGCUGUGAUCAGGCUCACUGUGUAACUCACCCUACGUCCCGGGGUUUGCUGAGGGUGUAGGCCUACUGCACUUAAUGAAUAAUGAAAAAAUGACGUAAACAAUGCGGUCCUCUUUGCAGCUCGGGCUCGAGGAAAGAGGCUGGCGCACCGAGGCGUGAUGCGGCCGUGACGUAGAUUCUGUCGCGGAUCUUUAAUCCUCUGCCGCAGCAGCACAGCCGGUAACCAGGGGAGGGGGUAGCACGGUAGGACAGGAAUGGUCCACGCAGGCUCGGUUAGGCUACUCAAAGGCCGAAAUAGCUCGGUCUUUAGAUAGAUGAUAAUAUCACCGAGUAAAACAGAGAUUACGACUAGAACGAGCCGACUAUUUGCACAGGCCAGACCCCCUCCUCUCCGUGUCUGCCUCUAGCCUAGCCUAUUCACAGAGAGUUUCCUAUAAAAUAGACCUCAUUUAGAAAUUAGGUUGAAACUAUAUUUUCAAACGCAUAUAUUUGCUUCAUUUAAAGCCAAUUUCGGUAGCUAUCUUCCAGCCGGCUGACGGAUAGCCUACAACGCCUCGUCCUACCGGAUUCCUGCGGCCGGUUGCGCCCCGGUUCGCCCUUCAGGAGCGUCCCCGCUGUUCCUGUCAGCUGCUGCGCAUCAGCAGAACAUGCAGGAUGAGCUUGUCGGGGUGACAACCACGCAGUUACCCCUGUCAGCUGAGGAAAAGGACAGCAACAGCCGAACGGUCAGCCAAUCCGGGAAGCAACCGAACCAACCCGACAACAACGAAGGCAAGCAGAGCGCAUUCACGCCGGAUUAUAACCAUUUAAACCAGAACAUAGCUUUUCCAGAUUUCGAUCGAGAUAAUUUUUUCCCGACGCAGUCUAUCUGUGACCUUCAGCACAGCCGAAAAAUACAUCAGCAGUUAAGUCAGCACACUGACUUUAGCCCCACAGAGUCGCCCCCACCCCAGAGACAUUUCAGUCACCUGCCGCAGAGGCAGCCCUUGUCUGAGCCCGAGCACUGCGCUGCUGCCUCCUGCGGCUCUCCAGUGGAAGAGGCUGAAGCCGAUGCUGCGUCGCCAUCGCCCACUUCCGUAAAUUCAAACAAGAUCCAGAUGGACUCCCCCAUCGCCCACCAUAUAAAUGGCAAUGGCAGCAGCAGCACCGGCAACAUGUUGUCCGGAGGUCUCGGCGCCGCUUUCCCGAACCUCCCCACCCAGGAGAUGCAGAGCGCCAGCGUAGGCUCGUCUUCACCUUCCCUCACCGGGUUCGGCACCCCGUGGUCCGUCCAGACUAGCUCCUCGCCCCCUCCCGCACCCAACUCCAUCAACCCCAUCCACGCGAACGCCAUUAACCAGAUGCCCAACACGGACUCUGACAACAGCUUCUACCCAGGUAUCCCCUCCUCCAUCAACCCGGCCUUCUUCCCGAGUUUUUCGCCGGUGUCAGCUAAUCCGUGCGCCGGGAUUAAUGUGCAGGGCUUCAGCGGUCCUUUCUCGCCCCAAAUGAACGUCCCCCAGCAGGCGCAGAGUCGCAGGUCCCCGGUCAGUCCCCAGAUGCAUCCCCAGCAGGGCGCCUUCCUGCAGCAGAGGAACAACUACAACCAACAUCAGCCCAUGGUGAAGCCAUCUCCGUGGAGCGGUCACCAGGGGAAUGGCUGGGGCUCCGGGGGGAUGUCCUGGGGACGGGACCACCGCAGAGGGAGUGGCAUGGGCUUACCUGGCUCGGUAAGCCAGGCCUCGCCCAUGAAGAAGCCCUUCUCGAGCAAUGUCAUCGCUCCUCCCAAGUUCCCACGCUCUGGAGGAUCACUGGGGCCUAAGUCCUGGAUAGAGGAGAACAUGUUUCGCACAGACAGCAACAGCAACACUUUGUUGCCCCUGCAGGACCGCUCCAGAAUGUAUGACAGUCUGAACAUGCACUCCCUGGAGAGCUCUCUGAUUGACAUCAUGCGAGCUGAGCAGGAUCCGAUGAAAGGCCGUGUGGGAUGCCCUAACCCCGGGGCUGACAGCCUACUCAUGCUCAAUGCCAGGAGCUAUGGGAGACGUCGAGGCCGCUCCUCCCUUUUCCCUAUUGAUGACAAUCUCCUUGAUGACGGCCACGGCAACCAUGGUGUCCCAGGAGUCCUUGGCUCCCCCAACUGUUACCCCCACCAAAACGGGGAACGCAUUGAGCGCUUCUCACGUAAGGUGUUUGUGGGAGGUUUGCCCCCUGACAUAGAUGAAGAUGAAAUAACCUCAAGCUUCCGCCGCUUUGGUCACUUGGUGGUGGACUGGCCACACAAAGCAGAGAGCAAAUCCUACUUUCCACCUAAAGGAUACGCAUUCCUGCUUUUCCAGGAGGAAAGCUCGGUGCAGGCUCUAAUUGAAGCCUGCAUGGAGGAGGAUGGGAAGCUCUACUUGUGUGUCUCCAGCCCCACCAUCAAGGACAAACCUGUACAAAUUCGACCUUGGAACCUGAGCGACAGUGAUUUUGUGAUGGACGGAUCGCAGCCCCUUGAUCCCCGCAAGACCAUCUUUGUGGGAGGCGUCCCUCGUCCCCUGAGAGCAAUUGAGCUGGCCAUGAUUAUGGAUCGCCUCUAUGGCGGAGUCUGCUAUGCGGGAAUUGACACCGAUCCUGAGCUCAAGUACCCUAAGGGGGCGGGGCGAGUGGCCUUCUCCAAUCAGCAAAGUUACAUCGCUGCCAUCAGCGCAAGAUUCGUCCAGCUGCAGCAUGGAGACAUUGACAAACGGGUGGAGGUAAAGCCCUACGUCCUGGAUGAUCAGCUAUGUGAUGAGUGUCAGGGUGCACGCUGUGGAGGGAAAUUUGCUCCCUUUUUCUGUGCUAAUGUCACCUGUCUGCAGUACUACUGCGAAUUCUGCUGGGCCAACAUUCACUCCCGCGCUGGACGAGAGUUUCACAAGCCCCUGGUCAAAGAAGGAGCCGACCGCCCACGCCAGAUUCACUUCCGCUGGAACUAGAGAUGCGACCACAGCCAUGGUGACACAGUCAGAGGGAAGGGAAAUUAAACACUGGCUAACAGGAAAAAGAGCAUCGCUCUGCCUCUCCUGCUCUCCUAAGCUAUCAGUAUAAUCGAGUACGUAAAACUAUACAGUAUAUACUAUAUAUAUAUCUAUAUAUCUUUUGUAGCAGCCAAACACCACAAGCCUCAGUUUUUCACCAAAACCCCCCUCACAUCUCAGGCUCUGAUAACUCUACAACUCUUUUGUGGUACUUUCAUCUUUUCUAAGAGGAGAUUUAAAAAGAGAUUGAUUUUUGUAGGUUUUUUUAUUAUUAUUAUUUUUGUAUGUGAGAUUUAAAGUAGAUAUGGGAAUGUUUUUGCAUGGGGGCAGCUUGUCUGUCUGUUUGUCUGCUGCUAACCACCCUACAGUGUGUGUAGUGCACACGUGUUUCUGGGAAAACCUUGAUUCUCUAAUGUUGACGCCUGCUCCGGAUCAUUAACCAAAGGUAGCAAAAAGAUAGAAAUUGACACAUUUUUCUGCCGCAAAACAAACAGUUGUUUUUUAAGGUUCCCAUGGGCUCUUUCUUCUUUUUAGAGGGUUUAUUAAAGAAAUUAUGAUAGGGUUAUUUCUGCGCUCAUACUGACCCAUAAAGUGAUACCUCAAAAUACUUAAUCUGGUUUCUGCUAACUGUAUUCAACAUUUAUACUUAGCUAUUUUAGAAGCUUUGCUGCUAUAUAUAUAUACAUAUAUAUGAAUAAAUGUGUGGGUAUUAUAUUUAAUGCCAUUUAUAAACCAGAAUCAUGUAAAAUGAAAUACAGUAUGCACUCAACCACUUAUGGCCCCCAUAGCCAUGGAAAGUGCAUGUUAUUACAAUAGGUUUAGUUACACAAAUAGCAUGCAGGGUAGAUGUGAGAGAGAAAAACACUGAGGAAAAAAAACAAAAAACAAACCACUGAAAUCAUAAUUAAAGACAACACAUUAAAGUCUAUAGUGACUAGCAUGACCAUCUAUUAUAGAUGCUUAAGAGGGAAAAAUAUCAGACACAUAAGAAUGAAUAAGUAAAAAAAAAAUUCAGCUUGCAUGCAAUGAUGUCUAUAUGUUGUUUGAUCCGUUUACAUACUUAACAAUACAAAAAGUGAUAUUGGUUCUACUGUAGACUUAGUGGACGCCAUCAUUUUGUGACACGAUGGCUUGUAUGGCAAAAAAAAAAAAACCCUGUUGAGAAGCAGAGUGGUGUUCAGUGGUUUGUGUUUGUGUCGUCCAUGUGCUGUGUGACUGUUUUUAGUAUAGACUGAGGCUCUAGUUUAGUUAUGUAGACGUAAAACAUCAAAUUGACUCUGCCUUCACCCUUCCUAUCCCACAUCUUUGUGUAGUUCCAAAGGUUAAUCUGAUAUAGCACCGCCUCCCAGACCAAAUGCAAACAAAAGACUUGAUCAGCGUGGAAGUUCGUGUUCAAGCAUCCUUUUGAACAUGUUCUCUUCGCUAAACUUGCCUAGUGACUAGUUGAAAGAGUCAGGCUGUGUGGGUGCAGCUGCGUGAAUCCAGGGGAACUCUGGCUCGGUUACUGAAAGAUAAACUAUCUCCACAUCCUCUCGGCCUUGGCCUUUGGCGUGCUAAAGAUGAAACUUUCUUCUCUUUGUUUGUAUUGUUUGUCUGUUUGAUUUCCACAGUGACCCUUGAAUUACUCAAAAAACUAAAAACAUUUAGGGACAAUCUUUCUGUGAGGAUGGUGGCCAAGCCAUCCGUUUGGUACUGUGCAAGUGUGUCGCUCUCGUGUCGUUGUUGUUUUUUUGUGUUCCAUGCCCUGGUGUGUGCUCCUCGGUAUCGUCAAGUGUGUACUGUUACAAAACCUUAAUGAAACUGAGACUCUAAGUUUAUUUACUUACAGUUGAUUCAUAUAAAUUAAUUUGUUUGUGUCAACUACUUACCCAUCUCUGGCCGUUCAAUAUGUUUUUAUAUAUAUAUAUAUUAUGCACUACUUUUCUAUAUCUCCCCACUCAUUUUAUUUGUUAUCCCCCUCAUUAAGUGAUUUCAGUGCAGAUGUGGAUUCUCUGAAACAUCCACCUAUUUAUAAUUCUACAGAUGAUUUAUUAAAUUUUAUUUUUUCAUGAUUACUUAUUUAAGAUGUAGCGUGAAGCAGUGGUCUUAAGUUAUCUAUAUUCUGUAUGAGUAGAGCAGGAAAUCCAGUAUGUUUUAAUAUAUUCUAAUGUAGUCUGGAUGUUGCGAGGACGGGGAGUCGUAACAUGACGGAGAUGAAAAUUAAAGAAAGAGCUCCCGUCGUCCCCCCCUCCCCCAUGGCUUUAGUUCUCAUGAUGCGAACAUGUUUGAAUAUCGUCACCUGUGACACUUGACUCGUGUUGUUUUUGUGAGGUUCUAUUUCCUAUGUUGAACGCUGUUACUUUGUUCUGUAUGUGUCUUUGUUUUUGUAAAAAUCAUAUUUAUUUCACUAUUUUUGUAGACAAAAAAAAACUAAUUGAUUUGAUUGUAUUUUUCUAUUUGAAUAGGACUAUAAUACAAUUAAUUUCCCCCCAAAUGCUAAUUAUGUCCAAACGUUCUGUUCAAGACAAAGAAUCAUGUCAUUAGUAACAACAUCAAAGUUUUUGAUAUACAGUUGAUUCUUAUUUUAAUACACAUUAAUACACAAUUCAUUUGAAGGAAGGAAACCUGAAGGUUUUAUUUUAUUCUUGGAUGACACUUGAGAUUCUCCCCUGUUGCAUCGAGGCCACAGCUGCCUGUCCUCGUAGAUGCUCUGAAACUUGAAUAUAACACAUUUUGAAAGGCUGACUAACCUCGAAUCUGUGUUGUGAUGUGCAAUACUGUUUCUAAUGUUUGUAUAAAGUAAGAACUACAGUGUAAACCUUUUUAAUGCAGAUUUAUUUUUUUCAUUGCAUAUUUUGCAAAUUUCUGAUCCACAGUGUCAUUUUUUACUGUCAGAAAAAUAAACCCCGUUUUUUCAUUGCAACUAUUUUUAAAUCCAGAUAUCUUUGUACUGAUGUAAAUGAUUGUAGUUAUUUUGGAUAGUGUUUUGCUAACAAACGGAGAGACUUUUUCAUGCAUAUUUCUAUUUCAUUUCAUCUUGUUUUAUCCCACGUUUUAUUUCGUUUAAUAGUAGCAGAAUUCUUGGAAUAAUUUUUCAUAUUUAAAGGUCACUGGUAUUAUUUUGUAUUUUUAUGUGGAAAUACACUAUAAAUAAAUUGAAAAUGCUAAUUGCUAAUAUAUUCUUUUGAGUUUAAUUAUUUUUAAAGCUAAAUAUUUGUAAUUUUACUGUUAAAGUGACUAAUUUCUAAAUCAAGAGUUUGUGUAUAGAUUCACAAAAGUGGUUUAUGAGCGGUUUGGAUUGUAAUUAUUACUGAAUGGUUCUUUGAUAUGCAAAAAUUAAUAUCAUGUUUAUUUUUAUUUUUGUUGGUUUUGUAUUUAAAUGGGGUGUUGAUUACAAUCUGUUUUUUUCCCUUUCACUUCCUGAAUAAAGACCCAUUCUGUUUGGACACAA